UUUAUUGCGAUUUUUGUUACAUUUUUGCCUACUCAUUGGUUUUACUUUGAAUUUUUUUAUGGUACACCACAAAUAAUCUUUUCAUUCAUCAUAUUGUCAGUUAUUGCAAUAAAAGAAUCAUGUUAUGUUGAGCAAUUUUUACGUCUCGUUUAAUGCUCGAAUAAUCUGGUACGAGAAUGGCAAAUCAACCAAAGGAUAUUCCUAGAAAGCCAAAGGGCCAAAGGAAACCCGCUAAAAAUCAUCAAUAUAUUGAACCAAAACAAUUUAGUGCGAAUGAGGAUUUAGCAAACUUGAAAGGAGAGUUUUCUCAAUUAAAGGAUGCAUACAUUUUAAAAGAUCAGCAGUUGUAUGUUAUGAAUGAAAAUUUCAUGGCAUUGCAACAGUCAUAUCAGAAUAUGCAACUUCAGUAUGAAAAAAAAAUGGGCGAACUGGUAACAAAACUGGAAAAAAGUUAUGAUGCAUACCACGAGAAGUUUGUGAAGGUUGAAGAACUUGAAGAAAAAUUAAAAAGACAUGAAGAUGAGAUACAACAGACAGGUGUGCAGAAAAGAAACCUUGGUAUAUCAAAACAAGAGGAAUACAAAAAGACUUGCGAAAACAAUGUUAAUGAUGUGCUUUCCAAGAUUGGCUUGUCACUUGUUGUCGUUGAUAAAAAUUACGAAAUAGCAGUCGUGGAUUACAAGAAGCUGACUGGUUUGUUAAACGAUUUAUCAUCUCUUGCGCAGAGCAAAAAUCGUAGCGAACAUCAAGACAUAAUGUUCAUGGGAAGCUCUAAUGAAAAACAUAAAAACAACAUUGGGAUGGCAAACACUAUGAAUAUGAAAACGGGAAAACUUGAUCAAGGAGAAGGUAAAAUGAAUUGCGUCCUAGUAGAAUGGUGGGUUCUCAAAAGAAUUACAACAACCUUAAAAGAACAGACGGAGUUUGUAGCCAAUCUAAAGAACACCAUUAACGAGCAAAACACUUGCAUUGAAGUUCUUAUGGACGCAAUGAAAGAACGAAAAACUCAAUCAAAGAUAGACCAGCGCAAAUAUGUCAAAACCAGAAAAGGGAAAGAAGACGAAACGUUAUGUUUAGAUAGAGGUUUUACCAUAAAUUUGGUGAAUGGUUUUGAUCACACAAGUUUAAAUACAGUUGAUGAUGAGAUGACUAAUAGUUGCACGAGAUCGUCAUCCUCAUUGCAGAAUGUAAAACAGAAAGACAUUUUACCGAGGUCCGACCUCACAAAAUUACCUGAGAGAAGUGGAAAAACUAGUCAAAAGGCACGUUCAAAGAAACGCAAUUCGAACUCAACAGAUAACCGACAUUUACCCGGCGAUACUCGUAUGGAAAAACAAUCACAACUACAACUGGACGAAGUUUGCCCAAUUUGCAACAUGACUUUUGAUAGGGAAUUUGACAUAAAAAAACGCAAUGCUCACAUCAACAGCCAUUUUGAAUGAUACUUGCUUCGUCAACUUUUUUAGUUAUCGAAAUGGCGAUCGUGAAGUCUCAUACCCUAUUGACACCAGGUUCGUUUACGAUAAACUGGAAAAGCGUUUUUCUCUUUAUAUUUGAACGAUGCUUUGUUUGCUUAUUCGAGAAAGGAUAAAGAUUAGAAUUGCUCAAGAAAGCUCCUUUGCUUACGGGACGGCAGAAAUAGACUUGUUUUAUCAUAUGUAAAGUUCAGUAAUACGUAUAAAGACAUUAGCCACGACAUUUAUAUGGUGUUUGUCAAAUUUUAUAUUUUUCAUUCAAAUGUUAUUGUAUACAUAACAGGAGAUUUAUAAAAUAGUCCUUUUGACCAAGCAAGUCGAGUAGUCGACUUUCUUUCGAAUUAAUUUUCUUAGGAGUGACCCAGUACUUCAUACUUUCGAUCAUUUCUAAAUGUACGUUUAUAAUUUUAUAAAUUUGAUCCAAUUUUAUCCGUAA